AGAUGGAAGGGGUGUGUAUUCCACUCAGCCUUCCGUGGUGACGUGGCGGCCAAUGACUGGAUCGGGAUCGCAACUGGGGAAUGGCCGCGACGAUGUACUCCUUGGGCUCAUCCUGCGGUCACGUGGGAUUGGGAAAGCUGGUAGAGCAGGGACACGUGGGCUCGGUGUCAGGCCCCGGCCCGCGCCCCGGCCCGGGCCCGGGCCCGGGCCUAGGGGUGCCCGUGCUCAAGCGCGGCUCGGCGGCAGCCUCGUUGCCAGGCCCGGGCAAGAGCAGCAUCACCGCUACUCGAAAAUGCACCCAGGUAAUCGCUACACGCGGAUGCAGUGGUGAGCUGGCAGAGAACGUGGCUGCGCUGGCAAGGGGACUCAGGAGUAUGCCAGCUGGCAGCGAGCGGGGGGAUGGAGUCGUCGAGGCAGCGACCAUGGGGGGGAAACUUCUCUUCCCUUCGGACAUGUCUUCAAGGCUAGGAGUGGUGUCUGCUGCUUCCCGUGGCUCAGCGAAUGAAAGCGAGGAUCUGAAAGGGUUAUCGAGAUUGGGAAGAGGAGGAGGAGGAGGAGGAGGAGGAAGACAAGCCGGCUUUUUGGGUGUUGUGUCUUCUUCUGCAGCUUCGUCUCCUCCUUCUCCAUCCCCAGGUCGGCUGCAUGCAGUCAGUGACAUCUACCAAGCUGUGGAAGGCGAGCGUAGGCCCUCUGAGCUGGACUUAGCAGCAGCAGGAGCAGCAGCAAGAGGAGUAGAAGCAGCACGAGCAUCAGCAGAUCACAGCCGUUCGUCUGAAUUCCAGCGACGUGUCGUUCAUGACGCUGCGACCGAGAUCCAGAGCACUGGGGUGUUCGCAUCAACGGCUGCUAGUUCCGGGGGCAAGUUGGAGACAGAGAUGGAGAGAGUUUGGGAGAGUGAGAGUAUGAUGCGGAAAGGUAUUGUGAGCGACUCUAACGAUACCCGUCCAUGUGAAAACAGCAGGCUUGUGGCUCCCUCCCCCCCCCACACUUCCCUCCAGCUGGCACUCACUGCACUCUGCAGCUCCGAAGAGAACCUGGACUCAGAGAAAGCUGCAGCAGCUGAGUCACCACCAAGGCAAGCAGCUUCUCCCUCUACUGCCGCUAGAGUGACGACAACCAAAGCUGAACGAGGAGGAGGAGGAGGAGGAGGAGGAGGAGGAGGAGAGGGUUCAGUAGCGGAAAUUGCCGCACAAAACAGCACGUCUCCUCCUUCUGGCCGUGGACGAACAGCGGCAGAAACAGUUGGCAGAGCAACAGCAGCAGCAGCAGGAGAAGGAGGAGGAGGAGGAGGAGGAGGGGGGUCAAUAGCGGAAAUGCACACGGAAGACAGGACGUGUCCUCCUUCUGCGCCUAGUCGAGCAACGGCAGAAACGCUUGACAGAGUAAGAGGAAGAGGAGGAGGAGGAGGAGGAGGAGGAGGAGGAGAAGGAGGGAGAGGAGGAGGGAGUUCAAUAGCGGAAAUGCCCACCGAAGAGAGGACGUGUCGUCCUCCUGCGCCUGGUCUAGCAACUGCUGAAACACUCGACAGGGUAAGAGGAAGAGGAGGAGGGGAAGGAGGAGGAGGAGGGGGAGAAGGAGGAGGAGGCGGGAGUCCUGAUGACCGUUUGAUCAAAUUCUGUAGCCAGUGUGGGAGUCCUACGAUUCGAAUAAUCCCCCCGGGAUCGGAUGAUAGUCAUUUUCGCGAUGUAUGCUCGGUGUGCUCCUUGGUGCAUUACUCCAGUCCCAAGGUGGUGGUGGGAGCUGUGUGCAUGUGGGAGGACAAGUUUCUUCUUUGCCGGCGAGCGAUCGAACCCUGCCUGGGACGCUGGGGCUUCCCUCAAGGCUAUCUGGAGCUCGGGGAAAGCACUCGCGAAGGGGCAACUCGGGAAGUCGCAGAGGAAGCCGGGGCUGAGGUUGAAAUGGGCCCGUUGCUGGCAGUAUACAACCUCCCCAAUCAUGUUCAGUUCGUCUACUUCUCCCGCAUGAAGACACCACACAUCAAAGCCGGACCCGAGAGCCUCGAAGCGAAGCUGUUCACUUGGGACGAGAUUCCGUUCCAAGAGAUGGCGUUUCCAACGGUCACGUGGGCUCUUGAAUACUCGCGGAAAGUUCUUCACCUGAAAUCCUUCCCCCCUCAGCAGCGAACCAAGGUGUUCGUCAGAUCGCCCGCAGUCGACCCCACUUCCUCCUCCUCCUCCUCUUCUCCGUCCUCCUUGUACUCCUCCGCCUCUUACGUUGAAGAAUGCUGAUGGUGGAGAGGAUGAUCGAUCCCUCUCUCGUUCGAAAACGAAAAAAAUCCCUCUCGUGACGAUCCCUGCGGACCAUUAUCCGAAGCUCGUUCCCUCUUUCAUAACAGCAAGCCUCCUCCACCUCUUCCUCCUCCUCCUCCUGUUCCUCCUCCUGUUCCUCCUCCUCCUACUCCUUUUCUCCUCCUCCUCCUUCACUUGACUCUGUUUCCUCCUGCUGCGACUCCCGCAUAUUCCUUCUCCUCCUGCUCCUCUUACUUGUACUAUUUCUUAGCGUUCCCUCUUUCUCCUCCUCCUCCUCCUUCUCCUCCUCUUCUCUUCCACGUUAUCCUACUCCUUGACUACUCGUCCUCCUUCACUUACCUCUGUUCCCUCCCCCUGCUGCUGCUUCGUCAUUCUCCUUCUCCUCCUCCUCCUCCUCCUCCCCCUCCUCCUCUUACUUCUACUCUUUCUCCUCCUCCUCCACCUCCUCCUUCACCACCUUCGAUCUCUCUCUCACUCCCUCGGCCGCACAACUCCCUUCGCCAGUCACUUAGCCCUAAAGCAACGAGUCUCGCAGCUCCCACUCAGCUCGCUUCGCUCUGCCUUUUGAUUAGCCCCCUCUGCCCCUUGUAGUUCAAGCAACCUCCUACCCUUCUCGCCCCGUUCUCUUCCUCAGCUCUACCCUAUUUUGGGGUACCUCUUCUUGCUUUUCUUUCUCCUAUCCUUAUUGAACCCCCCCCUCUCCCCCCCCCUCUUAAUUCUUGAAACACGUGUUUAAUGGGCGAUGAUCAUGCCGAAGAUCUUGAAAACAACGCUCGUAACGUUGUAGGUAUUUGCUCACCUUGUGCCGCAUCCAGGUAGACUAGGCUAUCGUGAUAUAUAUGUCCCAAGGAACCUUUUUUUUUCUUUUUUCUUUUUUAUUUUAAAGCUAUAUUCUUCUCUCAAUUUCACCUCACACUACCUACCUACCACAGGGAACCCCGUAGCAGGCAGAACCGUGUUCACGAGCAUUUUCUUCUUCUUCUUUUUUUUGUUGUUGUCCCACUUAACCUUACUGCUGGUGUGCAUGUCGUGCAUGCACACGUGUCACUGUCCCCCCCGAGAUCCCGUGUCUGUUUGUCUCGAAGCCUGGGUUUGUGUGUUUAGUGGAUCACCUUACUUUCGUGUAGGCACGCCUGUACGUGAAGUGUGCAUGGGCGUGUGCGUGUUUGACAAAGACGAAAGGAUACGUCCCAAGUAUGCGUGUGCGUGUGCCCGAGCGAGCGUAUGUGGGAAGUUCUUUUUUUUUUGUCUUCUGACGGGGAAUCGAAUCGAAUCCAUCCAUCCCAUCUUGCGGCAGGGUUCAAAUUCUGGUCUCCAUAUCAGAAGGCUGUUGCGUACUACUUACUGGUAGGGACUGCUGUCAGGCUUCUGCCAGAAGAAAGAAAGUUAACGUCUAUGAAGAGGCGAGCUACGCGUUUCACAAGUUAAACCGACUCGGGUUAACUGAGGUGCGAAUUACGUGUUUCAGAAGUUAACUCGGGUUAACUCAACAAGGUGCGAAGCACGGGUUUCACAAGUCAACUCGGGUUAACUCAGGUCUCCAUAGCUUCCUACUUCGA